CCAGGAGACCUUGGCCAAAAGUGUGGAGUUCUCCAGCUUCCUGGAUGCCGUGGCUUUUAAUCCCCAGAUGCGCACAGAGCAUCGGAUCAUACACAAUCUAGCCCUCCAGGUGCUGGCCAACAGCGUGGUCAACAACGAGACUACCCAAAUCCUCACCUGGAAUCAACAUGGCCCGAAGAUCUGCCAACAAGCCUCCGCUGCUCCGCUGGGCAGUUCGAAUAAUGUGCUCCUCAUGAUCAUGUACAACAUAUAUCUCAAUGGUCGCGGGCUCAUCAGCGACCUGGUGGCGCUCCAAACUUGCCUGAGUCUUUGGCGGGCUCUCAACGAGGAGCAAUGCACCUACAACUUCGAGUAUCUCCACUUCUUCCUGGAGCACUUCAUCGUACAGAAUGGAAGAGCCUGCGUGGCCCCGUACCAGAAGCUGGAGACCGAAGACCGUGUGGCCUUCCUCGACUACGUGGCUCACUAUCUGCGGGAAAACAGUCCCAAUGGCGAGGUGACUAUGUUCCUCCUGCAGCACUUUGCCAAGGAGUUCCGCCUCAAAUCCGAUUGCCUUCUGCGCGAAACUCUCAAGCUCAAGCAUGAGCUCCAUCCUCGAGAAGUUCACACGCUACUACGCAUCAUCGCCAGCGCCAGUGGUUCUGAAAAGUACGCCAAUGUCUACUCGGCGGAUCAAUCGCUUUUCAUCAACGUUAGCAGCCUGCUGAGAUGCGUGGUGUCUGCGGGCAAGGAACCCGAUGGAGGAGGACUGGAUAAACCCAUGACGAAGCUGGAGGAGGUGGCCCUAACUUCGGGCAUUGAUGCGGGUUACGAAAAGAAGGUAUCCUACGAACUGAAAACGCUGCUCGUGCGCUGUUCCGCCAAUCUGCUGUACGACAACAAAGCCAACAAGGGCUACUGCCUGGACACACAACUGCUGCCCACUCUGCUGGAGUGCACCAAUAUGGAUGCUCGGAAUCCCUUGAUGCGGGAGUGGAGCAUCCUGGCCAUCCGCAAUGCCUGCAUCAACUGUCCGGAGGCUCAGCAGGUGAUCGCUGGCCUCACCAUGCAGGGCUCGGCGCCCAACGACAUCCUCACCGAACUCAAUCUGGAUAUGGGAGCGCUGCGCAUCUCGGACAGGCAGCAAUAAACCAUCUAUACAGCAUACAUCUUACCCAAACGACCACUGGCUGGCCAACAAGUGGUUAGAUGUCGCUCACACCACGUCAUCCUCCGCCCAGUCGUUUUUGCCCCCUUUUUGCGGGCCUCACGAUGCGCUAAUGGUAUGCCAACAGAUAGCCCAACGGCAUUCAUAAACGCGAUGUCAAACGCUUAAUGGCGAGGCGGGGGAAAACUGUGCGGCGGUCGGCUAGCGUGGCUAGCGAGGAUAUAAAAAUAGCUGCCCAUGUACCAUGCUCUGUGUACCAUUAAAAAAGAGAUGCCUAAAUUCAUCUAAAAUCUAAAUUUGUGCGCACACUGCCGCGGCGGUAGAGUUCAUGUUUAUGGCGCAAUUAAGCAACGAUGACGUCUGCCUGCGAGUAAUUCCUUCGGCGACUUGCUGCAGGUGGCAGCUACUCCCCAAAGAAGCCCCCAAAGCCCCCAAUCCCAUCCCGCUGCCAGCGGCGUAUGUAGAACGAUUUUAUGUUUAUGCUGG